AUGGGUUGGUUCCACGAUGAAUCCGAUGAGGCUCGCCACUACAACGAGUUCCAGAACACGCCCCGCGAGCACGAGGCCAAGUUCUCCCACGAGCUGAUCGGUGGUGCCGCUGCCUACGAGGCCAUGAAGGCCUACGAGGACCACGAGGCUCGCAACGGUACGAUCGACAACCACGCCAAGGCCAAGGAGGUCGUUGCCGGUCUCAUCGGUGCCUUCGUUGACCGUGAGGUCGAGACCAGGGGUCUGGACUUCGUCGACCGCGAGAAGGCCAAGCGCCACGCCCAGGAGCGCGCCGAGCGCCAGAUGGAGCAGUCUGGCCGCUGGUAA